ACGCUGGUGAGGAGGAAGCGGGCCGAUGGCGCCGGCUGUAGCCCCGCCAGCAGCUUGGGGCGGGGGAGGCCCCCCCGCGAGAGGGGGGUGUGGGAGAGGUGAGGUAGCGCCCUGCCUGCCCCCCGCCGAGCGCGGGGCCUUGCUGUCGCCUGAAGUACCCGCCGAAGGGCGGGCCUCGGAGAUGCGGUUCCCUCUUUCCAGAGCGGUGCGGUAGUCAGUCUGGUGCCGUUCGCACGCUACGCUUCAUAAGACGCUCUGAUAGAAAACCCCAGCGGGUUGUUGAAACCGGAGGGUACGGAUCACGAUCGACCAGCUCCAGAGGAAAAUCUGGACUGCUCCGUGACUGCGUGCUCCUGCCUGCGUGGGAGCGCUCAGCCGCUGCCCUGGAGGGAAUGCUAUGGGAAAGAGCCUUUGUGCAAGAUUUCUGUGCUUGGUCCAUAUAUUAAAAUAUUUGUUCCUGACCUUUCAUAAAAAUGUCCAAGCAACAGCCUGCUCAGUUUACCAAUCCAGAAACCCCUGGCUAUGUUGGAUUUGCAAACCUUCCCAAUCAGGUUCACCGGAAGUCUGUGAAAAAGGGGUUUGAAUUUACUCUUAUGGUGGUUGGUGAAUCUGGAUUGGGAAAAUCUACAUUAAUAAACAGCCUCUUCUUGACAGAUCUCUACCCAGAAAGGAUAAUCCCAGGAGCUGCUGAGAAGAUUGAACGCACUGUGCAGAUUGAAGCCUCAACAGUUGAAAUUGAAGAGAGGGGUGUGAAACUACGACUGACGGUUGUAGAUACACCAGGAUAUGGGGAUGCUAUCAACUGUCGAGACUGUUUUAAGACCAUAAUAUCUUACAUCGAUGAGCAAUUUGAACGAUACCUGCAUGAUGAGAGUGGUUUGAACAGAAGGCAUAUCAUAGAUAACCGGGUUCAUUGCUGCUUCUAUUUCAUUUCACCGUUUGGUCAUGGCCUUAAGCCUCUGGAUGUUGAGUUUAUGAAGGCUAUACACAACAAAGUAAAUAUUGUGCCAGUGAUUGCAAAAGCUGAUACACUUUCUCUGAAAGAGCGAGAAAGACUAAAGAAAAGGAUUCUGGAUGAAAUAGAAGAGCAUGGCAUCAAGAUUUAUCACCUGCCUGAUGCUGAAUCAGAUGAGGAUGAAGAUUUUAAGGAGCAGACCAGACUCCUGAAGGCCAGCAUUCCAUUUUGUGUAGUGGGAUCCAAUCAACUCAUUGAAGCCAAAGGUAAAAAAGUUAGAGGUCGACUCUACCCAUGGGGUGUAGUUGAAGUGGAGAAUCCAGAACAUAAUGACUUCCUGAAGCUGAGGACAAUGUUAAUCACCCAUAUGCAAGAUCUUCAGGAGGUGACCCAGGAUCUUCACUAUGAGAACUUCCGCUCUGAGAGGCUCAAACGAGGCGGCAGGAAAAUUGAAGACGAAGAAGUAAACAAAGACCAGAUUCUGCUUGAAAAAGAAGCCGAACUUCGUCGCAUGCAGGAGAUGAUUGCGAGAAUGCAGGCGCAGAUGCAGAUGCAGAUGCAAAGUGGAGAAGGAGAUAGCAGCACGGUUCAGGGACACCAUGUAUAAAGUCUUUGAUUACUUUAUACCCUGACUUAGAGGAGGCGUUUGGAGUUGAAUUACGAUGGUGUUAUACCAGAAAGGAUGCCUUUUGCUCAACAUGUGACUUGGCGUUUGCUUUAGAAUUUAAUGUGGAAAUGAAUUGUGGUAAUUCUUGUGAUGUGUAUUUCAUAACAUGUACUCAGUUGGUAUUUUAUAUAUUAUACACAUUUGACUUUGUUUUUUGUUUAGUAAUUCUUAUAUUGAGCUUAUAUUUCCCAUUGUAUUAGGGAUACAAAGUAAACAUUGAAACUUUUCUAGCCUGAUAGGGCAUUAGAUAAUUUUUUUUUUAAUAUGGCUUAUUAGCUUCUUGCUUUUAAAUUUGUAUUACAUGAACAGCUGUCAGUGAUAUCUUGUUCAGUGGCAUGUAACAGUCACCUCACUAGGGAUCCUUGAAAGGUUAAUUUUAUAUUUUUUGCAGUGUUUACAGGUGUGUGUCUGUGAGACCAUCAGCCCUUUUUCUGUCUCUGCUCAGUGCAGAUGAUUUUCUUGGCCUCUGCAAGUAUCAAAUUAAAAUUCAAUCAUGCCUUGUGUCUUAACAAAAGAAAUAAGAGGAAAUGCCUCUUUAAGAGGCACACUGUAUUUUAUAUGACAGACAUUAUUUCCUUCAGAUUUAACCUUGAGGGACAUAUAUUCUUUAUUGUUUGCCUAAAAUGUCUUACUCUAUUGCAGAUAAUUUUGAAGAGUUUCUUGUAGGUCAGCACAAAUCAGUCCUACUAUUUUCUGGCAUUACUGUAGCCAAAUAAACUUGAAUGAUGCUGAUACUGUUAAAUGAGGCAAACCCCAAAGAGUAGUUUUCUAUGCACAGGUGUUUCCUAUAUCCAAAUGCAUAAGAAAUUCUAGAUUCCUAAUGAGUAUUUUCAUACGAUUUUUAGGGCAUUGCAAACUGUUAAUUGUAGUAUAAAGUAUAUACUAGCACACUUCUCUUUUUUUUUUUUUUUUUUUUUUUUUUUUUUUUUUUUAAAAGUGAUCUGUGCCUGACAGGUUCAAUGCAAACUGUAUUUUAAGGUCUUGCUCCAAGACAGAGUUAGCAGUAUUACUUCGGAAGUGACUCCGAUGACUUACACUUUUUUUUUUCUUCUUCAGCCAAGGUCACUUUCCUUAACACUGGUAGUAAAGGAGACCAUUUGUUAGCUUGGCUGGACUUCUACUACAUCUCGCGUCUGGUAUUGUAUUUGUAGUACGUAAUAACAGCUAUAGUGUACAGCUGCGUAGCUGGUACCUGAUAUGGUAAGCAGUAAUACACCAUGGUUGGUUUUUCUACUACUUCUGAUAAAGCCAGCAAUCAGAUUUCCUAAUCUGAUCUGUUACAAAACAUUGUUACCUGAACAGCUAAUAAAUAGAAUUGCGAGUUUUUUCUCUUCUUUGAGCUCAGGUGCAGCUGUGACUUUUAUAAAUUUUUUUUAAUGUUUCUUUGAAAAAAUUAAUAGGAUUUCUACAGCUAAUGUGUAAUUCCAGUGGUACUUAAGUGGCUAGAUGAAAUAUAAACCUGCUAAGCAACUAAAAUUUUUACCUGCCUGAAACUGCUGUUGAUGAAUUGUUUUACAUUUGAAUCUUUCUAAAAAUGUGAAGUAAAAUCCAGCAUCGUAGCCUUUGCUAGCGACCUCCAGUUUUCUUCUCAAAGGCAAUUACUGUCAGAGUUUUGCACAACUCAUUUGACCUUCCCUAACCUUGACAAAAGUGAAAACGAGAACCUUUUUGUAUGUUGAGAAGCACAGAAGUAGUAAGUUCCAUUUUGUCGAAUAUUUACAUAUAAAACUUAGAUGCAUGCACUUCUAAGUUCUUGUCUUGCUUUUUCGAGAGAGCGUGUAGAAACAAAAUAACAUGGCAGUAUUGUCAAAACACUCCGCAAUACCUUAUUUAUUUCCUCAAUCUUUUGAUAUAUUUUUGUGAAUCAGUUGUCAUAAAUUUACCAAAAGAACUUACUAUAAACUUAAGUCAUCAAAUACUUUGUGAAGUCCCAUGUCGUUCUUCAGUUGCCACAAAUCUGGGGGUUUGGGGGUUUUUUUUGUUUAUUUUGUGGGGUUUUUUUCCUGAUAAUGUAGCAUUUGUCUACUGUUAAGCUAUUUGUCUGGUAUCUCUGUUAAAUGCUUUGAACACAGCAUGCUGCAGGCAUUGUGUGCUUUGCCAAGGAGAGCAGCUGUGGGACGUUCGUGUUUUCACCUACAACCUUGGUAGGGAAUGGUAAGCUGCAAUAGUACUAUGAACCUGUACUUGAAGAAAAACUGUGAAAUCUAUAAUGUAUGCAAAGGGGGACUGGUUGUACAUGUAACUCUCUCUGUGUAUGUUGGUUUGAUAGUUUUUUUCCUGUAUUUUCUAACAUGGGAACAAAAGCAGAUUGUCCAUGCAUUCAGUGCUGUUUGGUCACUACCUGUGGAAUUAUUUUAGGCAUAUCAUGUAUCUAUUAAAAUAUUUGAUUAGGAUAAAGUAUUCAGUUUGAUUCUUAGGCAAAUAAUUUUUGAUCUACAAAUUCUAGCAGGAGAAAUAUUUUCAUAUGUGGUUUGUUGGUUUUUUUUUUAAUAGGAAAAAGCAAGUUUAUGGCACUUGCCAUUUUCACUGAAAUACUUUAAGACAGCUAAUUGCUUCUUCUUCCCAAGUCUUUUCCCCUUUACUUUUCUUGUGAUGGUCUUGCAAUUGAUGGCUUCAUGGUAUGACAUGAAAAGUGAGACUACCUUUCUCAGAUUCUGUUUCGGACAAACUCAACUACUGGUAGAAGAAAGACUUGGGUAGAAGAAAGAUAUGGAGACAAAAGGUACAUGUUGUUUGGUGGCUUGCCAAACUGGCCACAACUCUUUUUCUGUAGCAGCAUUGUUACGGUUUUUAUUUUAGGAGUCAAAAUAAUUUUAAAUUUGCAGAGCUUUAUAGUUGGUAGCAAAAAUUACUUGCUCUCGGUACAAAAAUCUGUUAUAUUCUGUUUUAUGUACUGCCAUUAGCCAAGGCUAUAAUAAAAAAUGCUAUAAUACGC